UGUCUUGUCUGCAAUCUGCUUCUCCUACCAUCCAAUCAUAGCGGCUCAGUACGGAGACAAUACAGGGAGGAAAGGAACAGAACUGGGUCUCUGUUAUUUGCUUCUUUCGGUGCUUUAAAAAGAACAAGAUUUCUGGAGAAUACAGAUACGAUCAGCAACUCACAGAAAAAGUUCAGAAGACAAGAGUUGAGUCUUUGAAAAAAGUUGAGUCUUUUUUUUUUCUUCUCUCUUAUUCUUUUGCUUUGCAAUCUCAGAAGGAGAAGAAGAAAGAUUUUUCAUGUUGGAUUGCUAAAAAUUCCUUGGAGAAGGCAUAGAAAUGGGUUUUCGGUUGUCUAUUUAUUUUCAGUGAGUCAAGAGAGAGAAAUUUAGAGGCGAAAACAAACAUGGUGUUCUUCUACCCUUACCUCCUUGUCAGUCUGUUGUUUGCGCUGGCUACUCUACAACGUGUUUGCGGAAAUACCGAGUUAAGAGCUUUGAUGGAGCUUAAGUCCGCCUUAGACCCAACCAACAAGUUCUUGAACUCUUGGACUAGCGACGGUGAUCCGUGUAGGGGCACAUUCGAGGGGGUUGCUUGCAAUGAGCACCGCAAAGUGGCCAACAUUUCGCUGCAAGGAAAGGGUCUCUCUGGCACGGUAUCACCGGCUGUGGCCGAGCUUAAAUGCUUGUCGGGCCUCUACUUGCAUUACAACUCGCUGUCUGGAGAGAUACCCAAACAGUUAGCAAAUUUGACAGAGUUAUCUGAUCUUUAUCUCAAUGUUAAUAAUCUUUCUGGGAGCAUUCCUCCUGAGAUCGUUGGCAUGGCUAGUCUCCAAGUUUUAGAGCUAUGUUGUAACCAGCUAACAGGGAUCAUACCUAAAGAGAUGGGGUCCUUGAAGUGGCUAACAGUUCUUGCAUUGCAAUAUAACAGACUAACUGAUCAAAUUCCAGCUAGCUUAGGGAACUUGGGGAUGUUGAGAAGGCUUGAUUUAGGUUUUAAUCGCUUGUUCGGUCCCAUUCCUCCAAGAGUAGCUAAUGCUCCUCAAUUGCAAGUGCUAGAUGUCCGCAACAAUUCUCUUUCUGGAAUGGUCCCUUCUGCUUUGCAGAGAUUAAAAGGAGGGUUUCACUUUGAGAACAACAAAGAUUUAUGUGGAAGUGGGUUUCAAAAACUGAGAGCUUGCACUCCAUUUGAUAAUGUGAACAUCAACCAAGUUGAACCUCUGGGACCAAUAAAAAAUAAUACUACUUCAAAUAAUAUGCCUGCGUCUGCAAUUUUUCAUGUACCUAGCAACCAAACCAACUGUUCAAAAUCGUCAAAAUUUCCACAACUUGCGAUUGUUGCAGGGGUAAUUACUGCCACCGUUAUGUUGAUAGGUGGUGGAUUUCUGAUCACUUUCUUUCUUCGCCGGAAAAAACAAAAGAUUGGAAAUACAUCCGAGUCUUCUGUUGGACGGCUGAGCAUUGACCAGGCUAAGGAGUUCCAUAGGGGUGGUGCUUCUCCACUUGUAAGCCUGGAGUACUCUAAUGGGUGGGAUCCAUUAGGUGUUUGUCGAAAUGGCAUCGGAAUUUUCGCAGACAGUCUAAACGACUUUAGAUUCAACCUGGAGGAGAUUGAAUCUGCAACUCGAUGCUUCUCUGAGGUGAAUUUAUUGGGAAAGAGCAGCUUCUCAUCUGUUUACCAAGGAAUACUUAGAGAUGGUUCUGUUGUAGAGGUUAGGAGCAUUAACAUAACAAGUUGUAAGUCUGAAGAAGAUGAAUUUGUGAAGGGCUUGAACUUACUGACAUCUCUGAGACAUGAGAACCUUGUUAGACUACGAGGCUUUUGUUGUUCCAGGGGCAGGGGUGAAUAUUUUCUCAUCUAUGAUUUUGCUGCAAAGGGAGACCUGUCAAAAUAUCUUGAUAUUGAAGAUGGAAGCAAUCAUGUUCUCGACUGGUCCACAAGGGCUUCCAUUAUCAAUGGCAUUGCAAACGGUAUUGAAUAUUUGCACAGCAGUGAAGCAAACAAAUCUGCCAUAAUCCACCGUCGCAUAUCUGUGGAGAAAGUCCUCCUUGAUCAACAUUUCAACCCAAUGAUUGCAGAUUCUGGCCUUCCUAAGCUUCUAGCAGAUGACAUUGUAUUCUCGACCAUUAAAAUAAGUGCUGCCAUGGGAUACCUAGCUCCAGAGUACGUAACAACUGGGCAUUUUACUGAAAAGAGUGACAUCUAUGCAUUUGGAGUGAUCAUCCUCCAAAUCCUCUCUGGUAAACAGAUGCUUACCAAUACAAUGCGCGCAGCAGCUGCAUCUUGCAGAUAUGAAGAUUUUAUUGACUCCAAUCUUAAAGGAAACUUCUCUGAGUCAGAAGCAGCUAAGCUGGCAAAAAUUGCACUUGCUUGCACUCAAGAGCUUCCUGAGCACAGGCCAACCAUGGAGGCAGUGAUCCAAGAGCUGAACAAAAGCAAUGCUUGUUCUUGAUUGCUAUAUUCUCCUUUUUGGAAAAUUGAUGACCCAAAUAGGAAACUGGAGACCUCACAAAACAGCACAAAUUGGUCACGCUAUUAUUAUUCUUGUGCCUUCAAAGGAGAGUACGGCUAACAGCAAUGCCUAUCGUAAAAUUGGAGUUGAUUGACAAGAUACUCUUAGAAGCAAAUUCUUUUGAUUUUAACUUAAAAAAGUUUUUUCGUAGAGCCUUACGAGAAGUUGGCACAACCCCUUGUAAUAUCUCU